AUGGGCUACGACGUCUCGGAUUACGAAUCCAUAUAUCCCAAGUAUGGUACACUGGACGACUUUGACGACCUGGUCACGGAGUGCAAGCAGAGAGGCAUCAAAGUCGUGAUGGACCUUGUGGUCAACCACACAAGCGACCAACAUCAGUGGUUCCUCGAGAGUAAGCGAAGCAAAACGGGGAAGUAUGCAGAGUGGUACCACUGGAGAGACCCAAGAUACGAUGAUGGAGGAAAAAGACAUCCACCCAACAACUGGCGUACCGGGUCAAGGUAUGGCAAGAGUUGCUGGACCUACGUUCCGGAGCGGGAUCAGUAUUACUUCCAUUUUGGGACGCCGUACCAGCCUAACUUGAACUGGGAGAAUGCGGACACGAGAGAAUCGAUAUACCGGAGUGCCGUGGAUUUCUGGUUGAAAAGAGGAGUCGACGGCCUAAGGAUGGAUGUCGUAGGGUUUUACUGGAAAGACCCGGACUUCCCAGAUGCCCAGGUGGUGUACCAAGAAGAGGAAUUGCAGCCGCUGGAUGGCCGGUAUUGCCACAACGGGAAAGCAGUUCAUGUCUGGCUGACAGAUUUGCGCAAACGUGUCCAUAGGGAGCAUGGAGAUGAGAUCGUCCUGAUAGGGGAGCUACCCGGUACCGGCCGCGAUGAAUUUCUGAAGUUCAUUGCACCGGCUUCCGCGGAGUUGGACAUGGCAUUGGAUACAGACAUUUUCAUCACCGGCAACAGCUGGAUCGACGGACUUCACGAACUGAAGAAACCUGACCUGCCUUUGUUGAAAGAAGCCGUAUCGAAGACGCAAAGCAUGUUGGACGAGGGAGCCUGGCCGACUGUAUUCCUCGAAAACCACGACUUUGCCCGAAGCGUGACUCGAUUCGGACCUGGAGAUGGCCCCUUCCGAGACGCAGCCGCCAAAAUGUUGGCUUUGAUGGCGAUAACAUUGUCCGGAACGCUCUUCAUCUACCAGGGCCAGGAGAUUGGAAUGACGAACAUUCCACCGAGCUGGACCAAGACGGAUUUCAAAGACCACGCCGAUCUGGAGCGUAUUGCAGACAUUGACGACGAAAAGGCCAAUGAGUUGAGGGAAGCAUCAGAGAAGGCUCUAGCGACAUGGGGAAGAGACAAUGGCCGUACACCGGUGCAUUGGUCAGCGGAAGCACAUGCGGGUUUCAGCAAAAGUGAGCCGUGGAUCAGGGUCAAUGAAAACUAUGCGCAGAUCAACAUUGCCGAUCAAUUAGGGCGUAAGGACAGCGUGCUCGCAUUCUGGAAAUUCCUGAUCCAGGUGCGGAAAGAUUGGUGGACCGAGCUAUUGACACGCGGAAGAUUUCGGCUGUUAGACAAGGACAACAAGCGGACCUUCUCCUAUCUCAAGAGCAAUGCGGAGGCUACUGAGCAAUUGCUCGUGACGUUGAGCUUCUGCGACGACGAGACAACAAUGGGCCCGGUCGAUGCCAUUCCAGGUCGGCGAUGGAAGCUCUUGGUGAGCACGUACGCAACGAUGGAGGAGGAGCCUGAGGGCAUGCUUAGACUGCGGCCGUGGGAAGGCAGGCUGUACCAAGCGGCGCUGAUGGAUGAUUGA